CCAAACGCCAUGCGGUUUUAAGAGUUGGGGAUAGCGAAAAGCAGGAGAGGGAAAAUGGGAAAGCAGAAGCAGGAAGAAGAUGAAGACAACAGAAGAGAAGUAGCCAUUGCUUCAACCCUUUCUUUGCAACCCAAUUUCAAGCCUGUCGGAGUCACUCCUCAACAGCUUUCUAAGUUCCAAGAGCUUCACCGGAGGCGUUUACAAAUAAAAGCAAAAUCAAAGAUCCACAAGAAACUAAAAGGUCGAGCCGAAAGGUUUCGUGCUGAAUACAUGAAUUCCGCAGAUUCUCUGGAAUCAGAUUUAAAUACCAGAGUUGAAGAUGAAAGUGUUCUGGACCCAAAGAGCCACGGUGAAGAUGAUAAUCCCUUUUCACUUCAAGAAGACAAUGAAGUUGUGCAAAUUGCAACAAAAAAGCGGCAGAAACUGCAUUGGGGCCUUGAUACAAAGGAAAGAUGGGAAAGGAAAGCCAACAUGUAGACUUAUUCUGAAGAAAAGAAAACUCGGUUAGAUGUUGUUGCGGCUUUUGUGUCUUUUAUUGAGUAAAUCAGUAAACUUAAAUGAGUUAGCUUCGGAGGAAUCAAUUAUUGCAUCUUUGAGGCAUUUGCUAGUAGUAUAUUCGAGAAUUGUUAAUUGGCCGAAUGUAAAUAG